AUGUCACUCAACGAUUGGAAAAGUGAAAAAGCCAUGCUUGAAUAGAGGAAUCAGUUUCUAUUUAUGUAGAUCCAAGAAAUCAAAGAAAGAGAAGAACAUUAGAAGAAGUUUAAUGAUACUAUAAUGCAAGCAUGGAGUUAAGGGGAGGGAAGAACCAAUUGUAAAGUAUAUAAAGAAAUCUAAAGCACUCUGGAAGAGUAUUCAAGAGAACUGAUUGAAGCUAAGAAGAAGAGUUCCAUGGCGAUGAUGAAAUUGGAGAAUGAAAAUACCGAACUAAAAUAUUAAAUCCAAUAGUUAGAAUCCAUUUAUCAAUAAAAAAACCAAUUGCAUUAAGUCAAGGUGAUGGAGUUGAGAAAAAGGAUUGAAUGCUAAACCAAUAAGGAAAAUGUUGGGGAUAAUUAAUUUGGCUGUAUUGUAAGUGUGAAGAGCAGAACUUGCAGUCAGAAUACUAGCAGAGAAAUCAACAAAUAAAGAUCAAAAACUUAGAACAAACCGGAAUUAUUGAAUUGUAGAAAUUCCAAUGUGAUGGAAAUUAAUACUGAUUUCUUGAAAGAUUAUAGUAUGCAAAUAGAGAGUGUUUCACCGCAAGAGAGAUAAAAUUUAGCCAUCUAAUUGAAAUAAUUAACCAAAGAAUUAAAAACUACAAAAAAUGAAAUCGAAAAUACCAAUUUAUAAACAGCAAAUGAAUUGAAAACUGAAAUCAAAUCCAUGCUGAACAAAUUGUUAAAGGCUAAGGGCAAGAUGACUGAAAGUAUUGUAGGGAGUGGAAAGGAAUCAGUGCUGGUUUUGAGGGGGAGCCAAUACAAACCCACAUUAGCAGAUUUUGCAAAGUAAUUAAAUGCUGUUAGAUCUAUUGAAACCUUUAAUAUUUUGAAUCCAGGAAAAGCCAUAAACAAUUAUUGA